AUGUCUACAGCAUCGUUCAGACACGGCUGCAUUCUCGUUUUUGCGGUUGCUUCAGCUAUCGCAAUUAUAACUCAUCCAGAAAAUGCAAGUGUCCUCGAUGUUAUUGACAAAAUCACCGCAGAUUUUAGGGAUUGGGAAUGGAAGCGUGGGCAAUUCUUGAGAUAUUCGAAAGAUUACCCAAAAGGUUGGCCCGGUUUCGACUGUCCCAUACCCGAUUCCCGAGUACCACCUCAAGAUGUUCAUCAUCUUGCUCCCUGGGAUAUUUCAGUUAUUGGAGCACUAGGAGAUUCGCUGACAGCCGGACGAGCUGCCGGUGCCGAGCAGAUUGGCGAGCUGCUGUCAGACUACCGCGGAAUGUCCUUUGCCACUGGGAUGGACAGGAAUCUUACGGAACAAGCCAGCUUAUUCAAUAUAUUCUCGCAGUUUUCCCCCAACUUGAAAAGCGGAAGUGUUGGAAUAGGCUUAGCAGAAGACCCUCUUACAGCAGGCUUCAAUAUGGCCGUUUCCGGAGCAGUUUCUGCAGAUCUACCGGAGCAGGCACUUACAUUAGUUCGAAGAAUUCGCUCUAAUCCCAAUGUUGACUUUGACAAAGAUUGGAAAUUUAUCAACAUAUUCAUUGGAUCAAAUGACUUGUGCACAGUGUGCCUGAAUGAGACCAGAUACGGACCAGAGCAGUAUAUAUACAACAUGAGAAAAACACUGCUAUAUCUUCGAGACAAUCUACCCAGGACCUACGUUAAUAUUCUUCCACCGUUUCAUGUGGAUAAUCUUCUCGAGACUCACAAAAGUGAUAAUGCAUUCUGUGAAGACUAUCAUAGUGUUGCAUGCCCUUGCAUCUACCAACUAACCAAGGAACAACAUGUAUCGAUCAAAAAGCAGUACAACGACGGUCUUGAUGAGUUUUUAACUGCUGGGUAUCAGACGGAAAAUUUUACCGUGGCAAUCUCUACCGGAUUCGACCUAAAUAAACUACCAACAUUAGGGAACCAACUAAAUCUUGUGUUCAUCGCACUUGAUUGCUUCCAUUUCUCCUACAUCGCCCAUGAUUUGGCGGCCAAAGUCAUCUGGCAGGAUCUUUUCAAGCCAAUCGCCUCUAGGAAACCUGUUGAUCUCAACGAAUAUCAGCCUCAGUUAUGGACCUGUCCUCCUCAGGAUUGUCCUUACCUAAGGACACCAUUGAAUUCCGAACUCUGUACUAACAGAAACUUAUCUAUUCCGGUUGUUCCAUGGAAGCAAUGGGUAAAAUACGAGAAUACGGUAUUUGUGCCAUCCAUACAAGAAAUGGAACGGAGGGCAUUCAUGGAGGAGCAUGGAACAGCAUUCAUGCUUAUGCUCCUAGCCUUAGCCCUCCUAUGCGGCCUACUUUGCCUGGCUGUUGCUUUUUGUUGCCGGAGUAAGAAACGAUAUCCCAUGGAAAUAAACGAGCGAACCAAGCUCUUGGAUACUAGACAAGUCACAUAA